CAUUCCAGAAAGUACAUAUGUUACGAUUUAUAUCUGAAUGUAUCUAAAUGUAUGUAUUACAGUGUUUGGAUGUACCUAAUAUUGGUUGUUAGUACAAUGUUUACAUGGGAAAAAUGUUUGGACCACGUCAGUCCGAUUAAGAGCGUGAGGAAAAGGAGACGAGAGAGAUAAAGAUAGAUGAAAAGAUACAUACGGCGAAAAACGCGCGUUCUUCGGCUAGUACUAAAGAAGACGUUGCGAACGGAAGAGCGUCACAAAGUAGGAAUCUUGUGAAAGCGAACCGCAAAGAGUGGUAGAAAAGUUACGAGUUUCGCUACGAUGGGGGAUAACAAGAACGAAGUGUUCGAAGAAUGUGCUGACGAUAAGAAAUGUGAUAACGACGAAGAGUAUAUUAACGACAAGGAAUGUUCAGUUGACGAAGUGGAUUCUAACGACGAAGUGGAUUCUAACGAUAAAGAAUGUUCUGAUGACGAAUUUUCUAAUGUCGAAGAAAACGAGAACGGAGAGCGGCGGGGGCACCGGAGCAAAAGGACCAUAAUCGACCCACCGCGAAGAACGCCGAUGUACUAUGAUCAUAAAGGAAAGCUUAGGAAGCCCUUCCGUAUACCACAGAAAAAUUUUAGAUAAAUUUCUUUAUAUCCACCGAAUCGGUCAACCAAAUAAAUUACAAUAAAAUAUAUAACACAUAGUUUCAAUUUAAAUAUAUUAACAAACUUUUUGAAUUAUUAUUCAUUUCAAGUCGUACAAUCUUAAACAUUCGCAAACCUAAAGUUUCGCAACUGUAGAUCGUCGAUGUUAAAACCUUGCGAUUUAAAAAGACAAAUUUGUACAAUGCAGAAAUAGAUUGGAAUAACACUAAAUUAAAACAGUCAAA